UGCGAGUAGCGAGAUCCGUAUCCAAUGAAAUGCGAGAACUAAGCGCGGUUCGAACAAAUCGUUGCCUCGGUAUUUUUUUCUUAAGGGCGCCAGUUUUGAUCGAAUGCGAAGGCGAGAGAUUUAGGGAAGAAUAAGAAAAAUAAAUAAGGAGUAUAAAGAGCAACCGGAGCGAUGGAGGAAGCGCGGGCACUGCUGAAAGAAGGUGUGCUGGCCCACCUGAGCGCCCUGGAGACGGAGUCGGUCCGGCUGGUCGAGCUGCAGAGAGAGGCCUGGCGGCAGCAGGCCACUCGGGAGGAGCUGUGCGCCACGGUAGAGAGACUGCGUGCCCAGAGAGACCAGCUCCGGGCCAAAGUGCUCAGCGCCACGUCCCUGCAGCAGGUGAUGACUGAAGUGGAUCAGGAAAAUGAAGAGAAACGCAGUGAAGAGGAGAAAAGUGCGGGUGACUCGCAGCUUCACAUGUCCCUGUUGACAGCCAGGUUGAGCCAUGUGAAGAACCUGCUUCGUGCCCAUCACCUCAUUGGUGGUUAUGACAUUACGGAGACACGUAGAGGCAAAGGGGUUUGCUUCUCCAUAGCUACUGCGUUUGAAGACCGCACCCUGGAGACAUAUAAUGUGGAGAUGGACCUGGCUCGCACCAUGCGAAUCUGUCGCCACAACAUCCCUCCUUUCAUCCCUCUGGAGAGGCUGGCACAGGAGAACUUCCAGAGUGACAUAAUGGCUUUCCUGGACAGUCUCAGCAUGCACCUCAACGCCUACGUCGGCCGCCGACAGCAAGUCCGACUCAUCCAGGAACUUUUCCACGGCUCCGUGAAGGUGCUGGAGAGCAACGCCCUCUGCAGCAUCCUGGUUCUGCGCUGCAGGCAGGUGGGGGAAAAGAAAGCGGCGGCGCUCUGCACUCUCGAGUACGGCGAUCCCACCCGCUGCCUCCCGACUCGCGUCACCAUUGACUCUGAAGAGAAGACUUUGACAGACUCUCCACAGUGGAAUGAGAUCCAGGCCCUUUUCCUGGAAACUCCAGCUCACCAGGCUCUGCUCGCGAUCAGAAGAGAGGAAAGAAUUGCCUAAAUCCAGACCCGAAAAAGUCCUGAACUGCGCUGUUUCACCUUUUCUGAUUAAAAUAAUGCUGUUCGUUCAGCACAGCAGGUUGUUCCGAUGACCUGCUGGACACUCGUGUGGCUUUGGCCACUGAAAAACGUGCGGCAGCUGCCACUGUACAAAACUGAGUUACCGCAAAGACUUCCAAGGCACGGUUGGACACCUAGCCAUUUUUGCAAACAGCCGUUAAAUAUGAAAACACUGUUACGCUGUGUCUCAUUUAAAUGUUCUGUGAUCUGUGUUUCUGUGUAAUUGUAUGAGCUUAAACUGCUAGAAAUAAAACUGUC